AUGAACGCCGAGGCAUACCUGCGCAAGCAGGGCUGGCAAGGCUCCGGCCACUCUCUCGACACGACCGGGCGCGGUAUCAAGAAGCCGCUUCUUAUUGCGCACAAGAAUGACCAAUUAGGACUUGGCAAGAAGAAGGCGGCGCAUACAACAGACGACCAGUGGUGGAUGCGAGCGUUUGACCAGAGCCUGCAAAGCAUCGGAACUGGCAAAGAUAGCACACUCGACCAGAUCCGCACCAAGGGCAUCAACCGAGGUGGUCUGUACGGUUUCUUUGUCAAGGGUGAACAAAUAGAGGGCACCAUUGAAGACACAUCCACAAUUAUUACUGAAGCCUCGAAUCCCUCAUCCGGCACCAGCACGCCCCCGACCUCUGCCUCUGACAGCGAAGCGCCCUCAAAGACAUCAGAUAAGAAGAAUAAGCGCAAGCGGGAAGAGAAGGAUGCAUCCGAGAGCAGGAAGAGCAAGAAGUCCAAAGAUUCGUCUGAAAAGGCUUCAAAGACAAAAUCAAGCGACAAUAGUCAAUACGUCGUAGCCAAAAAGCUUGCAAAGCUAAAACCCGCCGAGAAAGCAGAGUAUGAGACUCGCGCUGCUGAAAAGGGCCAGACACUCGAGCAAUACGUCCUUCGUCGGAUACAGAAGAAAGCUGAAAAGGAUACGACAAAGGCGAAGAAAGAAGACAAAACGGACAAGAAGAAACAGAAGACAAGUGACAAGGUGCGCGCAAAGCAGUAG